AUGUUCGCCUCGGUGGGCCCUCGGGGCGGCCCGCGCCCACCCGUCGCCCCGGCCAUCCCGGAGCCGGACCUGAGCCACCUGACGGAGGAUGAGAGGAAGAUCAUCAUGGCUGUGCUGGCUCGGCAACGGGAGGAGGAUGCGAAGGAGGAGGCCAUGUUAAAAGGCAUCCAGCAGCAGCUGUCCAGCUACAGGGAGACAGUGAUCCGGCAGGCCACGGCAGCGACGGGGUCGGCCGUUCACCGGGAUGACGCGCCAACCUGCGGCAUCUGCCACAAGACCAAGUUCGCAGAUGGCUGUGGGCACCUGUGCUCGUACUGCCAGACCAAGUUCUGCGCUCGUUGCGGGGGAAGAGUCUCCCUGAGAUCCAACACGGUGAGAGAGGAAGGGGAGGGUGUGAGGAUGGAUUACAGUGUAAUGUGUUACGUAAAGUGUUAA